AUGUCGACAUUUCAAAAGCUACUCAAUCGUUUCCUUGGUCAAGUGGACGGAUCGUAUGAUCCGAACUUCGAUUCCAAAGAGCCCAUUCAUCCUAAUCCAUCGGCCAUAAAGCGUAGUCAAUCAUUAUCCAAAGUUGUCAAUCCAACCCGUCGACAACGUUCGAUAGAUGCACUUCGAACUGCCUCUUGCCUAUCAUGCGGUUUGAGGGAACGAGAUCGGCAAUUAUCGACAAAUGAUAUUGAUACAUUGGUGCCAAUCACAGCCAAGCAUGAAUACAAUUUCGAAAGGAAGUUAUCGGUUGAUAACAAUAAUAAUGAAAAUUCCCUUUCCCAACAAGUCCGACAGAAGCGGCGAGCGAAAACGAAAUUAGUUAUCAUUCGGCACGCUGAACGUGUCGAUGCUCUUUUUGGCGAAGCAUGGUUUCACCAAGCGUUUGAUCAAUCAGGAAACUAUCGACGUUUUCAUACAAAUCUACCAGCGACACUACCAUAUCGACAAUGUUUUCAAGAUUAUAUCUAUGAUCCUCCCUUGACUGAACUCGGUCUCAUUCGUUCAUAUCGAACAGGUGUGGACAAAACAACUAACGAUUCUUAUCUUUACUAUUCUAUUUAUCUAGGUGAAGCUCUAUGUCGCACAGGUCUUCGUAUCGAUUACUGUUAUUCAUCGCCAUCACUACGUUGUAUUCAGACAGCGGAUGCCAUUCUCGAUGGAAUGAAAUUACGUACAUUGAUACCAAUUCGUAUUGAAUUAGGCCUCUUCGAAUGUGGUAUUUGGCAUAAAGAUAUCAUCCCACAUUUUAUGUCAAUCAAUGAACUCAUUCUGAAUCGUUUCAAUAUUGAAACAUCCUACAACAGCGUGCAGAAAUCUUUGUCAACAGAAGAAACAGAAUUCGAUUAUUACGAACGGUCGCAUUUAGUUAUGCGUCAGAUUCUAUCGAAACAUGAUACGAACGACAUGACAAUUCUUUUUAUCGGCCAUGCACCGUCAUUAGAAACAUUAACUCGGCAAUUAAUCGGUGCAGAACCACGACCUAAUGAAUUAAUUCAAAUAGCACAAAAAAUUAAUUAUCUUUCAUUGACAAUACUCGAAGGCCAACGACACUCGUGGACAUUUGUCGACGCUAUUCUUGCCAAACAAACUUGA